AAACCCCAUAUUCUGUUUCCAGCCCAUCUCUGUGUUUUUAUCUGUUUGUGGUAAUUGGGUCUGAUCCCUAAUGGCUAACGGCGGAGGGGGAGAGGGAAACGGUGAUUUUUACGCUGUGUUGGGAUUGAGCAAGGAGUGCUCUGAUGCUGAGCUCAGGAAUGCUUACAAGAAGCUUGCUAUGAGAUGGCAUCCUGAUCGUUGCUUUGCUUCGGGGAAUUCCAAGUUCGUAGAAGAGGCCAAAGAAAAAUUCCAAGCAAUACAAGAAGCUUACUCUGUUCUCUCUGACUCCAACAGGAGAUUCUUGUACGACGUCGGGGUCUACGAUAGCGAUGAUGACGAAAACGGCAUGGGGGAUUUCCUGGGCGAAAUGGCGCAGAUGAUGAGCCAAACGAAACAGGGCGAGAACGGCCACGAGAGCUUCGAGGAGCUACAGCAGCUGUUCGUGGACAUGUUUCAGUCUGACGUGGGCCACGAUCGAUCCGCGUCGUCGUCGAGUCAACCCUUCUGCAACGGGAAUAAUAACAAGCGCGAUAACUCGGCGAUGGGUUCGGUUCAAGCCGGUGGCGGGGAGUUCGAGUCCGGUUCGGGCUCGUUUUGCUUCGGGACAAGCGACUCGCGGCAAGCGUCAAAGGGAAGAGGAGGAGGAGGGAGCAGCAACGGCAGCAAGAGCAGCAAGAGAAGGAAUGGGCGGAAACAGAACGUUUCAUCAAGGGAUGCUGAGAUUUCAGCCGCUUAGAUCUAGUUAUUUAUCGUAUUUAAUUUUAGGUCAUUAGUCUUCUCCCCUUGAGUUAUUCAAAUUUUUUUGGCUGAAGAAUAUCCAAAAUUUUGAAGAUUGCUCUGAAGGGUUUGAGUGGAGCGAGGGGCUGUGGUGCUUGCACGCAUUUUUAAUGGGUUAUUUACUUAUUUAUGAUUUUUUUUUUAGCUUUUCUUGUUCUCGAUUGUUCUUUUUUUCUUUUCCCCCCCUUGGAUCAAUGUACAAUUUAUGCCUGCCGAACAAUUCUACUUGUACUUUGGACGUAUGAAAUUUUAAUUCUGUGAUCGAGAUGUUAUC